CAUCUGUGCAUCUCCUUUCCCACGACCCGUGCAACCCGCAUCUCGCAACCCAAUCUGGUUCCGCUGUUCGGCCUGCCCUGUGUCAGAUUGCCGAAUCCAUCCUCGAUCUUAGCCGAUCCGGGCCGCACUGCUGCACCAUGGCGUCGCAGACCUUCUCGCUAGCCUCCCGCAUCAAGCUGGCUAAUGGCCUCUCCAUGCCGCAGAUCCACCUUGGCGUGUACCUGGCCAGCGGCAAGGAGGCUGCACAGUCCGUGAAGUGGGCGUUGGAGGCCGGAUAUCGGGCCAUAGACUCUGCUCAGAUGUACCACAACGAAAAGGAGUCUGGCAGCGCCAUCCUGGGCUUCCUGGCCAGUGAUGCCAACCCAACUGGCCUAACGCGCGAAGACAUCCACUACACGACCAAAUUGGCCAGCAACUCGACGUAUGACGCGGCCCGCAAGUCCAUCUCCGCCAGUGUGAAGGCGUGCGGGCUGGGCUACGUCGACCUCUUCCUGCUGCACUCCCCCUAUGGUGGCAAACGCGCACGCCUGGAAAGCUGGCGAGCCAUUGAAGACGCAAUCGACGAGGGGGAAAUCAAGAUAGGCGGGGUGAGCAACUACGGCGUGAAGCACCUGGAAGAGCUAAUUGCCUCCAAACCCCGCAUUUUACCUGCCGUCAACCAGAUCGAGGUACACCCGUUCAAUACCAGAACAGACAUCACUGAGUUCUGCGCCGCGAAUGGUAUCGUCGUCGAGGCCUAUGCGCCACUCGUACGCGCGCUUCGUAUGAAGCACCCGACAAUUGCCUCCCUCGCUGGCAAGUAUGGCUGCACUCCGGGCCAGCUGCUAGUGCGUUGGAGCCUCCAGCAUGGCUAUGUGCCACUGCCAAAGAGCGUCAAGCAGACGCGGAUCGUUGAAAAUGCAGAUAUUGGUGGCUUCGCAAUUGGGGCGGAGGACAUGGCUGCGAUGGACGCUCUGGACGAGUACCUAGUAACCGACUGGGAUCCGACGGACUGCCCAUGAUGGACGUGGUGUGGUGUCGUGAGGUUGCGCGCGCCGUGGGGGGCAGAGUCAGAUGCGUGGAUAGGGCUUGGCAGGGCUGCGGGGCUCUGGACCCGACACAAUGGAUUCGAUACGAGUGCGAGAGUGAAAAUUUGCGCCGUGUGCAUAGUGAAAAAAAGCCACAACUCCUCGGAUG